AUGCAGCGCGCUGGUUUCAAAGCUGAGAAUGCUUCGACUACUCCGGUGCCUGUGAGCACCGCGGCAUCCGGGGCGUAUUUUGGGAGAGAGAUCUCCCAUCAGCGACCUGGCAUCAAGAGGGACGACAUGUUACCCCGAGUGAAGCUGGAAAUUCCCGGUCUUAAUGACGCGAACUUCGCGAUGGCAAGGCCGCACCUCGGUGCUAGUCACCUCGGAGAUUCGACGAAUGAUUCGAUGAGCCUUGACGAAAAGGACAGCCAUGACCACGAGUCUACUGUUAGUCCGACGGAUGAGAAAGAAGGAACGACCGGUCCCGAUGAUAUUCAAACGUCGCCGUCGCUGGAGAAAAAAAAAGAUGAAGCGAUUCCGACUCGAUUCUUAAUGAGCGAAUUUACUCGUCAGGCUCAUCCAGACGCUGCUCAUCGAGAGCGCUUGUCUAAGGAAAUUCCCGGAUUGACGCCUCGGCAAGUGCAAGUGUGGUUCCAGAACAGACGGGCGAAGUUGAAGCGUCUGACCACAAACGAUCGCGAAAGAAUGCUAAAGUCAAGGGCGCUUCCCGAUGAUUUCGACACGACGAAAGUGUUGAGGACACCGUUCGAGAACAGGUCGACAGGGCAGACACCUAUUGCCUCCCCUCAAGACUAUGGAGCGCCAAAUCCAGAUUUUGCAGCCCUGAGGGGGCUUCGCACUGACUUUGUUCAGCGUCCGAAUGAAGAUGACUAUCUUGUCUCGCCUCUCAGCUCUGCAUCGACCGCAGGAACCUACAUGUCCUCUGCUGGGCAGGGACGGAAUGAUGGACUCUCAUCGCAAAACAUGAUGUACGGCCGACCUGCUGCUUCUGCGUCCAUGUCCGAUCUACAAAGAACCAUCCGCAGCGACUACUCCAUUACCAGAUCAAGCAGUUUGUCCGAGUCGUCCGCACAGCCCCCAUCGUUCCACCAUGGGAUGCAACUCCCCAGUCGAUACGGCGCUCCCAGUCAGCCCGGUCUCCCUUACGGACAGCAACCGUACGGGGUUCCUCAACAUCACAGCAGAAUGAUGCCGGCAUAUGACCAGCACCACCCGUUUGAGGGUUCAGUGUCACCAACAGACUCACAAGGAACACAGAUGCCCUACGACAUGAGCACCCUAGGCACGCAACCUCAAAGCUACCAGUCACAGCUAGCCAUGUCGACACAAAAGGACUACAGCGGAUUGGGAAUGAACACGCAUAUUUCCCCCCACGCACGACCGAUGUCCACCCUGCAAGGCAUCCCCGUCUCCGCAGCCCAAGAAUACCGCCCCUAUCCCUACGGCGCCACUUCCAUCCCAUACACCCAUAGCAAUAAUGCAUCAUCCAUAAGUCUGCCCUCAACCUUCGCCCCGUCCGACUCAGAAACCGGGGCCCAGGACCACAUGCAACAGAACCCUCAAACCCUCGAGUCCCUUCGGGGCAAAUUCGGCAACCCAUCCUUCAACUACGCAGGCUACAUCCAACAAUAA